AAAUGUUUUACCCAUGUUAUUAUUUCAUCAAUUUUUCUUCGUUCUAAAGAUUAUUAUUUCGUAUGAGAUUCGUCAUGGUAGACAUAAUUGCGUCUGAUUACGUGAAUUGUUAUUAAAACGCGAAACCGUAACAUCUUCGUUCUCAUAUCAUACACAACGCAUGUUUAUGAUGUUUACGCAUCAUAAUAAAUCUCUCUCUCUCUCUCUCUCUCUCUCUUUCUCUUUCGGGUAUUUAUGUAAGCCUCGAGAGAAAUUCGUGCAACUGUGUCUAAUAUAUAAUUGUCCGUAUGUACUUUCCCUCUCUUUCUAUUUCUCUCUUUCUAUUUCUCUUUCUCUUUCUCGUUUAGUCAGAACAUUCUAGUUUACAUCGUUACAACUCGCUGUGCAGAAAGGUUUUGUAAAUGGUACGAACCUUACCUACCAAGAAACCUUUCCGGAAAACGAGAAAGCAAAUAUUCCUCACCGAAUCGAAUUUCCCUUUCUCUCGUAACAAUCAUUCGAAAUACGCACGAAAAUUGAAUGAGGAAGCGAAGAGCUACCCCACAGGUUUCUAUUAGCGGUAGAUUGGAAACUAGAGUAUAGGCUGAAUUAGAGAAAGAGAGACAAUACUCUCUUUCUCUCUUUCUCUCUCUUUCUCUUUCUCUAUCUAUCUAUCUAUCUAUCUGUCUAUCUAUUUAUCUAUCUAUCUAUCUAUCUAUCUAUCUAUCUAUCUAUCUAUCUAUCUAUCUAUCUAUCUAUCUAUCUAUCUAUCUCUUUCUCUAUCUGUGCUUUGAAAAUGUAUGAAUGGGAACAAGCUUACUCGCUGGCUAGAAAUGCAUUGUUGCAUGCGUUUAAUAUUCCCCUCAAGACUCUCCAACAAUCGCAUCUACAUACGUUAAUAAAUACGCAUAACUAUUCUCUGUUUCUCUCUCUCUCUCUCUCUCUCUCUCUUUCUCUUUCAAAAUUUCAUUCUACUUACCGACGCGACGUAUCGUCGAAGAAUAUUAAAGAAGAUCUUUGAUAAAGAACAAAAAUAUUAAAUAGUCGAACCAAAAGGGAAAAAAGAAAAGAGAAACAAAAAGAUUGAAAAAAGACAUAGAAAGAUUGAAGAGAGACUGAAUAUUUAAAUGUUACCUAAUAGAAACAAAAAAAGGAAAAGAGAGAGAAAAGAAAUAAAAAGAUCGAAAGAUGAAAAAACUAAAAAAGUGAAAAAGAUAAUAAAGAAAUAUCGUCGAUGAUUUUAAUUCGCAGAAUAGAAUGUAUUUAAUCGAAUCAUUGAUAAUAUAGUAAGAGUAGAUUUAAAAAAAAAAAGCAGCAGCCUCAAUGAAAGUUUACCCGAGUAUCCAACGACGUAACGUCCGUUUAUACGAUAUCAACGUAACACCCUCUUUCAAGAUUUAUGUUCAUCGACUUUUCUCGUAGACGCUGUCGUUCCUCUUAUCUUUUGCCAAAGGAAGCCGGACGAGGGUUCAUUGCUGACGUUAGAAAGUUGCUAAAGCGACACUCCUGUCGCGCUAUCAAUUUUUUUUCCUCUCUCUCUCUCUUUGUUUUUUUUCUUUUUUUUUCUGUAUAAAAAUAUAUAGAAUCUUCGUCAUUUUUUCAAACACAAAGUACCGAGUCGAGUAUCACCUUUUUACCAUGGUAAAACGUAACUAACCGAAGGACUUUUUCUCCAAGUGAAGAAAAUAUAUCAACUAGUGGAUAGUAAAAGGGUGACGCUGUUGCUUCUAGUUUUGUAUGCGUGUUUGUCUUCUCUCUCUCUCUCUCUCUUUCUCUUUUUUCUUUCUUUCUCUCUUCUGGUUUUUCUCUGGUUUAUUUUCCUUCUAAUUCAUUCCUCUUUUCCGCGGUUGAACUCGUACGCGGAAAAUGCAGUUAGGAUGUUAACGUAGUACAUCGUAGUUAGAUACAUAUGUACGUAUGUAUGUAGAUACAUACGUACGUACAUAGAUACGUAUAUACUUACACGAAUGCAUAGACAUCGUAAUGCAAGUGAACGUCAUUUACGCGUGUACCGUAUGUCGACCGAUGCAACGAAACGUGGCGCGGUGCAAUCAAAGUAUAGCGACGAUACCGGAAGUAAAGAGCGUUAAGAGGAACCUUGAGAUUUCCUCGAAGAACGUAAAUAGUUCCUCCGCGCGGGACGGCAGUACAAUGUUGGCUUGCGUUUAUCCGGCGGAAAACUUCAAGUCGAAGACGGUUACGGUGAAGCUACGUCAUGGAAGAUCAAGGAGGAAACCGAAACUGCUGUCUAUUAAGGAGAAACUUCCGGAUGGCAAGGAACCCGAUACCAAUGAGAAUGCUCGCCUCGAGAACGAGUUACCAGUGGGCGGGGGUGGUGCUGUGCUGGUGCUCAGCGAGCUUGAAAGCAUGGCGGCCAGGCAACAGCGGGAAAUCGCUCAGCAGAGGCGCCUCCUAGAGCAAAAGGAGGCCCGUCUAGCCGUGCUUCGAGGCGCACAGGAGCCAGCACAGCAGGACAAACUCGCUAGAUUGAGGCACAGACUGGACCAGCAACAGAGCAAGCUGAAUCGUCUGCGGUUACUCAGAUCUCAGACCGACCAGUCGCGAGCCAACAACGCAACGCUGACCUCGGAUCUGGACUGCAUAAGAGCGCUGUUCAAUGAAAAGGAAAAGGAGCUCUCCCUGGCGGUGGCGAAGGUCGAAGAGCUGACGCGACAAUUGGAGGAGUUACGGGGUCGUCAGAACGGCGGUGGCACCGGAACGGGCGUCGGUGGUGGCGGUGGCGUCGCCGGUACCGGAGCCGGUGGUAUCGCUGCGGGACACUUGCCGACACCAGCCAGUGCUGAGCUCGAAAAACUCAGAAGGGAACUUAUGUAUCGCAACAAGAUGAACGAGCAACAAAAUCAAGUAGUCUCCCAGCAGAGAUUAGCACUGGCUCAGAGACAAGCAGAAAUGGCGUCUAUAGACGCGAGGAUAGCGCAACUUCAGGGUCGUUUACAACGAAAAAGAGCAUUGAAUCAACGUCUGAGCCAACAACUUGGUUCGACGAAUCGAACGAACGCGACGACGAACACCGGUUUCCCGGAAUCUAAGCUAGAUUUUAAUGCCGGCGGUAAAGCGAGACCUACCGGGAACAUCGCCGCCAUCGAACCCUAUUCGCACAUACCGAACGACAACGACUUUAAUCUGAACAAAAAUGAUCCAAAGUAUCAGACGCUACCUUACAACACUAAGUUCACCGUGAACUUCAAGGCCGUCGAGGACGACGUCAACAAAAACAAGAUACAGCACAGCGCGAGCGCCUCCCAACUCGGACAGAGGACGGCCUUUCAACAAUUCGGCCACCAAAUUGCCCACAGCCAGUCGCAAUCGCACAUACAAGGUCAGUCUCAACCCCUUGGAUCGAGUCAACAGCAACAACAGCAGCACAAUCAAAAUCUUGGUAACCAGACUGCCAAUUUGCAGGGAAACUGCAACAACAAUACCAACAUGAGCAGCAACAAUAACAAUAACAACAACAAUAACAACAACAACAACAAUAAUAAUAAUAGCAAUAACAAUCUCAUAGCCUCGACCCACAAUAACUUCACUCAGGAGAAUUUGUCACAGAACUUUAGGAUUCAUGCCCAUCCUCAGCAAUCACAGUUGCAACAACAGCAGACACAACACGGUAAUUCUCAGACGAAGCAGUACAAUUCGACGAGUUCCUCGACCUCCAGUCUUGGUUCAGCGCCGUCCAUCACGCAAACCCAUAAUCAUCGAAAUCUACAGACUCAUCAAAAGCCAGUGUCGAGCGUGGCGCCGAGUUUUCCUGUUAAAUCUUUAAUCUAUCAAACGUCCUCGACUAAGAUCAAUCCUGUGAUGCCACAAACGCUUAGCCUUAUAGGACGAGCACACUCAACGAGUCAGAACUUUGUGGGUUUGAGCGGGUCAACCAACAACAAUCAACAACAGGUGAAUCAAACGACGCAAGGAAACAUCGGUUCUACUCAAGAGUCCAAUUACGCGUCGAGGCACAAUUAUGGGAGCAAUCAACAACAGCAGCAACAGCAACAACAACAACACAACACCGGUCAGGCGAACGUUGCUCACGUAUCUUCUUCAACGAUCUAUCAAGCACAAAACUCACCGAAUCUCGUGGCAAGCGUUCAUGCCACACCUAGUGGAGCAACUCUAACUAGUAACGCGAAUGUUCAACGAUACAAUCAAAAUCAGAACGAAUCUCAGAACGAUAAUAAAAAUAAAUUCGAACCUACGAAAGUACAGGAUAAAUUCGAGCACGUCUUACCAUCAAAACACGAGCAGCAGCAACAGCAGCAACAGCAACAACAACAACAACAACAACAGCAGCAGCAGCAGCAACAACAACAACAACAACAACAACAACAACAGCAACAACAACAAAUCAGAUACGAAGGAAAUCUCUUUAAAUACGAUAGUCAACAACAAAUGAAAUACGAUCAACAAAUCAGUCAGCCGUCAAAGAUGUACGACCAAACUGGUGGUAAGCACGAUCAGACGAGCAACGUACAAUCUUCGGUAAAGUAUGAUCAGAAACACGAUAAUGGACAAUCGAAGCACGAGCAACAUCACAAUGCAAAAUACGAUUCCGGUCAAUCCUCGCAGCAAUACAAGCACGACCAGCACGAAAGUCGAACGUCGGUCAAAUACGAGCAACACGGUAAUCCGUCUUUCAAGCACGACGUAACGAGCAAUCCUCAACAAUUCAAGCAAGAACAGACGAAAUACGAGUCAGGACAAAAUAAGUUCGAAUCGACAUCUUCGAAAUACGAACAGAGCACGACGAUGAAACACGAUCACAACGUCAAGUUCGAACCGCCAAGCAAGUUAUCGGAAAAACCAUUCGAAUUUGAAAGGUUAAAGAAUGAGAACGAGAGAAAGAAUUUGAACGAAAUGAGAGCGGAGGACAAGAUUAAGCCUGCGCUACCUCCAAAACCUAGCAAACCCAAUCCACCACCUAGGCUGACUCAUCACGAAAAAAUCGAUGUAACUUCGGAUGGACUCAACGAUUGUAAGACCGCCGUUGUUGUAACUGUUGGUACAAGAACCGACAAAGAGGAAGAUAUACCACCGAUUCCUACAUCGGAACCACCGGAAUCACCAACGGACUCUCAACUGAGUAAUCACCAAAUUAUCAAGGCACGUCCGUUGACGUUGAAAAAGGCACCGAUUUCGGAACAACCGAAGCUGCGAUAUGCAAAAUCGAACGUUCACGUGUCGAUAAAUCGACGUAUUGAAAUGCCCCCAGCUUUUCUUUUUCCGGAAACUGAAAUACCAGCGGACCUCAUGCAACCUGAACAGCAGCAGCAACAGCAGCAACAGCAACAACAACAACAACAACAACAACAGCAACAGCAGCAGCAACAACAACAACAGCAGCAACAGUCUCAGCAAAUAAUAGACACGACGGACAAUUGUAAGAAAAAUAACGCGAUUAUUGGUGAGGACAUAAUUGGAAACGAAAAAUUAGAAGAGUCCGAUAUUAUCGAUGCCUUGAACAUCAUCAACAUCGAGGAUAAACCGAAAUUAAAAAGCGAUACGGAACGUAGAUUAGAGUUAGACAUAGACGGUAAGACGUCCGAAGUGAUGAGAAGAAAAAAAGGUAACCUGAAGUCUAGUACAGGAAAAGCGAAUCUCUCGAGAAGAGUUUCCUUCGACCCACUUGCACUUCUUUUGGACGCUAGCCUAGAAGGUGAGCUCGAACUCGUGAAGAAAACCGCCAAAGAGGUCGCCAAUCCAAGCUCGGCCAAUGACGAGGGCAUAACCGCGCUUCACAAUGCCAUAUGCGCGGGUCAUCUCGAGAUCGUCAAAUUUCUCGUCGAAUUUGGUUGCGAUGUUAACGCCCAAGACAGCGACGGAUGGACACCGCUUCAUUGUGCCGCGAGUUGCAACAAUCUCUCUAUGGUGAGAUUUUUGGUAGAACACGGUGCGUGUAUUUUUGCAACGACACUUUCGGAUCACGAAACGGCCGCAGAAAAAUGUGAAGAGGAUGAGGAGGGCUUUGACGGAUGCUCAGAAUAUUUAUACAGUGUACAAGAGAAACUAGGGAUUAUGAAUAACGGUCAAGUAUAUGCGGUCUUUGAUUACGAGGCGCAACAUAGUGACGAACUUUCUUUAAAAAAUGGUGACUCUUUGGUCGUGCUUCGUAAGGGUGACGAUAAUGAAAGAGAGUGGUGGUGGAGCAAACUUGGACACAAGGAGGGUUAUGUACCUCGAAACUUACUGGGUCUGUAUCCUAGAGUACAACCAACGAAAACGGACUGAGGCACGUCAUGCCGCAUCAUUCGUAAUAUCCGCUAAUAAUUCAUUAUCACAGUAUUCGAUCUGCAGCUUUAUCUUAUUAAGUAUCGUAGUCCAUUGUCACACAUUACCAAUGUCGUUUUAUUUAAUUACGUGUUAUCUCGUCCGAAGGAAACGAAUACAAAAUUCUGUAUAAUUUUUCUAUAUUUUUUAAGAAAAAACACAAGCGUGUAGAAUACGCGCCCUCCCCACUCGUGCGCGCGCGCGCGCACGUGGGAUUAACGUGUAAGUUAUUUUUAUUGACAAAUCUCUCGAAGUUUACAUAUGGAAGUGUAAAAUGAUGUUACAUACGGUAUGUAACAAGAGAGACGUGGAGAUCAUAUCUUCUUUACUAUAUUUUACGAGAAAGAAAAAAAAAAAAACAAGAAAAUAUUGUAAAGCAUAUACAGUAUUUAGUGCAACGGGUAUGUUAUGCGUUUAAUACACUCGUCUCGUAUUUUGUUUUCGAUUGCAUUUUUUAUUAUACGUGACACGAAACUAAUAUUUAAAAGAGAAAAAAAAGAAAAACGGAAAAAGAAAAAAAAAUGCGAAUACACUGACAAACAUACAUAAAUGUAUUGAUGAAAUGAAAAUGAUUUUGAUUUUUAUCCUAGAAAUAAUAAAUAUAAUAUUUCAGUUUUUGUGAUGUCACUCAACGGUACACAAUAAUUUUUAAUGAAACAAUUUUCCAAGCUUUCCUUUUUACAGUGUGUUUUAUGUACUUAGUGAAAUCUUUUUUUCUUCAUACGUAGUUUAGCAUCAGUUCCUUUAAGAUAAAGUACAAAAAUGCUACAUGUGUUUCUUAACGACUCGUUUUAAUGUUCUAAUCUAUGAUACACACACACGGACACGCACACACAUACACAUACAACACGCAAGCACGCACGCACGCACGCAUGAAAAUUUACCGUCAAAGGAGACGAAGUCUAAUAUCAUUCGCCUUUAUCUAAAUAAGGUCACUUUUAAGAAAUUACAGCUCUCUUCGUAUACAUCACGCGGAAAUAUUCAAGAUACGCAUGUUCCAAACAAAAAGUUUUCUGUACUUAAUAAUCACGUGCCUAUUCUCAUUAAUUUGUUUCACCUAAAUAUCUAUGUUUAGAUGAAAUCAGAUUCUUGUUGCGAGACCUGUUACAUUUAAUUCGUGUCAGACAUUUUCUUAAUCCGAUUAAAAAUAAAUGAUCUCGGAUUUUGAAAAUGUUCCGAAAGUAUAGUGUAAUAUAGUCUUGCCAAGAUAGACAUAAAAAUGACCAGUGUGUAAGUACGUACGAGGUGGAAAGAAUCUUGAGUGCAAGGUAGAAUAAAUAUUAUGUGUGAUUGAUAAAAUUCCAUUUUAAAACGUAUACCAUUAGUAGUUCAGAAGAAUCUCAAAAUCAUGAUGCAAUAUUCUAAUAGAAUAGAGAGAUUUUACUGCUACAUCAGAAAAUUUCUAUAAGCAUGUUGUUAUAAUCCUUAAAUAUACAUGUCUCGUUUCGGUCCUGAUACAGGCCUUUAAAAGAAAAUUUCUGAUGAUUACUAAUUAAUAAAGUAUGUGCCUUUUUCAGAAGUAAUAACAGAUAUAUUAUGUAAGAAUAUAUGAUAUAUAUGACGAAUAAAAGAUUGUUUUUAAUAAA